UGAAUACUAGCGAUGCAAUCAUAUUUAGUUCCGCCUCUACACCGUCUCUGUAGCUGUGUUGAUGUGAAACCGUCCGUCGGAUCAACAGAACUGCGUUAGUGACAGCUUACAGAAGUACUAAAUUACUACUUGUCAGUGUCUGAAGAUUGAUGGAACACCACCCUGUAUAUACCUUGCUGCCAUGGCAACCUGGAAGUAUUUGUAACAGCCGGAUUUCAAAGCAGAUUUUGUACUGCCUGCUGAAGACAGUAGUCCAUUCUAGUUAAAACUAGACAAGCAGGAUUAUUUAAGUGAUCAGAAGGAUUCAAUAUUUCAGGGAUGUUAAACAAUUUUGUGUGAGGUGUUAAAUUUGAUGAGACCUAACUGACAUUGUGAGUGGACAAUUACAACAUGAUACUAUCCGUGGGAUAUGUGAGUGUGUACCUGGUGCGGUGGCUGGUACAGUGGACUCGACGAAACAUGUUCAGACGAGCCAUUUCCAAGGUUGUAGGGUCAGGUGGGUUGAGUCUUGUGGUUCAGAGGUCACCGCAGGGAUUUGAUGACCUGUUGAAAUCGCUGAAUAUCGACACUGCUGCACAGGAAACCCAAUGUGUACUGGACCCUAAUAGGAAGGCUGUCCUUACAACCUUAAUGCCACAGGUUGAAGUGAACCUUGCUGACUGGACGUCGUACUAUGCCAUGCAGAAGCAUUACCAUACAGAAGGUGGAGAGGAGAAUAUCAAUGUCUUACUGGAAGCUGCUAGACCUACGGACCGCAGGAACUUCCUCCUCCGGGAAUUCUCUCUUCCUGAACCUCAGAAAAUACAUGUAGCCAGCCAUGGUACCGCCCUGGCCUGGAGGACAGGGCCUCCUUUUGGCAUUCUGAUGCGAUGUUCUCUGGAAGAGCUUGUCACCCUCUGUUUUGCCUUCUGUGAGGGAGCUUUGACAUUAGAUGAGGAACUGCUUGUUCAGAGAAUUGUCAGUGUGAAGACGUGUGGAUCUGCCGCUGACCUUGUUCCACAUAUUGAGGAGUGCCAAGCUGGGGAAGACGUCACUACGGAUGAAACUGACUUCCAGAGAGAACUGAAUGCCAACAAUAUACAGUCAGUCCUACUAAAGGCUCAGCGGGAUCGGUUAGGGGAAACUGUUUCAUGUGACUGGUCCAACGAGUCAUUGGCUUCAAGAACCAGCAUCUGUAGCUCUAACCUACUGGAUUCCACUACCCCAACACCUUACAGUGAAAGUGUUGUUGAGGACGAGGUAGAGAGUGGGUGUGGAGAAGAGCCCUGUGAAUUUGACUCUCAGUUUCUAGAAUCAGUAGAACGUGUGAAAAUGAUGCAUGGAAAUAUGAAACCUCCCAAUAUUCUGGUAUAUUGUGGGAAGAAAGACACUGAAAAAAAGUUUGCUAAUGUCCGAGCAACGUUGGAGCAGUGUGUCAAUCUUGAACGUUAUGUUAUCUAUGCCUUAAACCAUGAUCAAGUGAAGCGGGAUCCAUGGGCAGAUAAUUCUGCCCUUCUGAUUGUGUCUUGUGACAGUCUCCAUGAUGGAGUUGGUGAUGCGUUUCUCCGAUACUUUGAGAGCGGAGGAAUUAUUCUCAGUUUUGGUAGUCCAUUUGAUGCCAUGUUUGUUGCUAGACAUGAGAUCGAACAUCAGGAUCAUGUUGGAAUUUCCAAAAUCAAUUUCCGUACAUGGAAAGAGGUGUCUGUAUUGUGUGGGAAGCACUUGUAUGAUCCGAAAGAGGUCACUGGUGAAAAAGUCACACUAACUGUACUGGGAACGAACCAUGAUGGCCGCCCUGUUAUCUUAGAUGUUAAGUCACAAGCUACGGAGGCUGGCCAUGCCAUUAUGUCACAGGUGUUACUCAACAGAGACCCAACAGAACAUGCCAGUUCAGACGAGCAGUUUACCUUGCUGAAACAAUCGAACCAGGACCGGUGUGACAUCCUGAAGGAACUGUUACAGGACCUUGGUGUAGAUACGGACACCAGCUCUGUACCUGUGUUUACACCAUGUUACUUACUGUCGAACUCUGAGAGUACAAAGUCCAAGUUUCUGGAGAAUGUUCAAAGGAAGCUGAAUCCAGAUGGUAAACUUGUGUCCAGCACUGUCACUCUACAGUUUGUCCCUGAAUACUCUCCAAGCGAGGGACCUGUCACUGAAAGUUUGCUGCCUGUAGUAACAGGGCACUCCACUGGUCAGGGGGUUCUACAGUUCUUCAACGAUGAUGUCUACUUCAAAAAUCUAACCACGACCACACUGGGAAAUACACUGAUGGUGAUAGAUGUCCUACCUACCACUAUGCCUCUGUUUGAUAAAUUACAGUUCUGUGUACCCAUGGCCAGUGACGUUGGAGUGAUCGCCAUUCCAGGGAAACAGACAAGGGGCAAAGGCCGUGGUGGCAAUGCCUGGCUGAGUCCUGUUGGUUGUGCCAUGUUCUCCCUCCUUGUCAAUGUACCUAUGGACAGUCCACUUGGCCGACAUGCAUCCUACCUCCAACAUAUCACCUCACUGGCUGUUGUCGAGAGUGUGCGCUCACUCUCGGGAUAUGAGGACAUUGACUUGAGACUGAAGUGGCCCAAUGACAUUUACUUCAGUAACAAGAUGAAGCUGGGAGGAGUUGUAAUCAAGUCAACUAUUACUGAUGGCAUACUUCAAGCAAACAUUGGUUGUGGGUUUAAUGUAAGCAACAAGAACCCCACAAUUUGUAUCAACGAUCUGAUUGAACGUCACAACAGUGAGACUGGUGACACACUAGGUCUCUGUUGUAAGGAACAGCUGGUGGGUCGUACAGUGUCCAUCAUAGAACAGCUCAUCAACCAGUUCCAGACUGAUAGUGGGCAAAAAUUCCUCCAACUCUACUGCCAACGCUGGCUGCACAGUGAUAGCCGUGUACAUCUUGAGGAGGAGAAUGUUGACGUCACAAUACAGGGCCUUGACGAGUAUGGCUAUUUGGAUGUCAUAGCAGACGACGGAACAAGACACUCCGUACAACCAGAUGGCAACAGCUUUGACAUGAUGAGGAAUCUCAUCUCUAUGAAAACUCGAUAAAUAGUAGUACCGUGGACUAGUUUGUUCCUAUGGCAACAGAUUUCCAUGUAUAGUUUUGAAUACUGAUUAUGCAAAUGUGCAAGCUAGUCAGUGAAAGCUAUUGAAAUAUUCACAUGCAAUGUAAAGUUGAGUGAUAUAUUCACAUGCAAUGUAAUGUUGAGUGAAUCUGUUAUUGAACUUUAAAAGGGAACAAACUUGAUACAAUUUGUUGGGGCUACAAUUAAAUAUGAUUUAUUGAUACAGUCUUAGUCUUAGUACCUUAGCCUACCGGUAUUUGGUUAAGUAUUGGGUUGAAGUUAUAAAACUGCAGUGUUAAUUAAUGAGAAAAAAAAGAGCAGUUCUGCUAGACUUUAAUUAUAACUGAGAUAGCUGUAAACCUUUAUGCUACACUAUUUUGAUGGAGUAAACUGAGUUAUCUAUCUUGGCCAGCACAAAAUUUCAUAAUCCCGACAGUGUUUUGGACUGUUGUAAAUAAGUGUGACAUAACCUCCAGAUCCCCAAGACUUAUUUUUAGUUUAGAUACCCUGUGUGUUAAUUUGAGUGACAAAAUAGAUAUUUUCUGGACAAGUUCUGAGUGUUUAUUAUAACACAAGCCAUCUAUUGUACCUGUAGGCAACUACAACCUUUGAUAAAAUAAGACUUUAAUGCUUCAAGCUUACCAAGAACAGCAUUUAUCUGAUGAUGCUAUGUUUAUUGAUGUUUUAUAUUAAUCAGAAUCAAUGCAUUUUCUAUGUGUUAUGUAUGAUAUAUAUCAGUACUGUACUUAUUCGACCUAAUAAGCACACCUGCCCCAUAAGUGCACCCCCAUCUUUUUUUCAAUAAAAGAGGAUAGGUGUGCUAAUUAAAACAUAUAAAAAGUUCCUUAUCUCACUGAUCUGCUAAUAUUAUCAUCAGUUUCUUAACCAAAGACUGCAUGAAUUGUUUUGCAACAUAAAGAU